AUGAAUCAGAAAAGUGUUGUCCUGGUUUCCCUGCAACUUCUGGUUUUAAACAGCUGCUUGAGUACUUUGGCCAUCUCCAACUUCAGCCUGAGAACAUUCAUUGGCUGUGCUGUUAGGGAAUUCACCUUCUUGGCUAAGAAACCGGGCUGUAAGGGUUUGCGUGUUACAACAGAUGCCUGUUGGGGGCGCUGUGAAACUUGGGAGAAACCUAUCCUAGAUCCACCCUACAUAGAUGCUUAUCACAGAGUCUGCACCUACAACGAAACUAAGCUGGUUACUGUGAAAUUGCCAAACUGCCUGCCCAGCGUGGACCCAUUCUUCACUUACCCUGUGGCCAUCAGAUGUGACUGUGGGGUUUGCUCUACUGCAACUACGGAGUGUGAGGCGCUUUAA